AAAAAACAAAGUGACGCCUGCGCAGGCGAGCGUGCGCGGGCUAUUCACCGAGGGAAGUGCAAGUGCAAGUUCCAGUUCCGGUUCGUGUUCCGGUACGGCGCUUGUCCUUGCCGAGCGUUCAGUUGUCGCAGUUGGUGGGGAGCUGAAGUUGCCAAAAUGCUGCGGAACUUGCUGGCUCUCCGACAGAUUCCCCAGAGGACUAUAAAUGUUGCCCCAGUCAGGCAGUUCAAAAACAAAGUUCCAGAAAAACAAAAGCUAUUCCAGGAGGAUGAUAGCAUUCCAGUGCAUCUAAAAGGUGGGGUAGGAGAUGCCCUACUGUAUAGAGCCACCAUGUUGUUUUCAGUUGUCGGAACAGCUUAUGCCCUUUAUCAGCUUGGCAUGGCUUCAUUUCCCAAGAAAAAGAAUUGAUUCAGAUUUAUCUCCAUGGGAAUCAGUUAAUUCAACUUCAUGCAGCUUUCCAGGGAAGAAUCUGUGAUAAAUAGCUGAGUUCAUUUUGGAAAUCAGUAUUUAUUGAACUGUAGUAACUGCAAUCAAUAAAGCAGUUUUACCUUG